AUGGCGAACCGACAGCUUGCUAGAGACAUGCAAGUCGAGUUUCAAGCCCGCUUCAACGCCAAGCAAGCACGACGUGAAGCGCAGAAGGCUCUCAAGCAAGACAAUGAGUUGAAGAAACAGAUCCAGAAUCUUCUCAAAAAGGGCGAAACCGCGCAAGCCGCUCAAAAAGCCCGCAUGCUGCUCGCCAAACAAGCCAUCGCCCAACAAAUGGACCAGGCUGCCGACAUGGCCGAGCUCAGCGUCGCCCAGAUACAGGCCAACAACGCCAUGAACCGCAUGACCUAUAUGAUGGCCCAGUCGUCCAAGACCAUGUCGCGGGCUCAGCGCAGCGUGAACCCCGAGAAGACGCUCUUGACGCUGGAGCAGUACAAGCAGCAGAACGAGGAGUACGCCAUGAGCAACGGCAUCUACACGGACGCCAUGACGCAGAGCACCAGCGUGCAGGUGAGCGACGAUGCCGUGCACGAACUGCUCGGCAAGCUCGCAGACGACGCCGGAUUGGAGCUGGGGCAGGAACUGAAUAAGGCCAGCGCCAGCAAGGUUGACCCCAACGCUGCUGCCCAGCAGGCGGUGAGCCAGACGGCCGAGCCGACUCCGGAAGAGGAAGAUGCCCUGCAACAGCGCUUGCGAGCUUUGCGGGCUUAA